AUGCUGGCAGGGCUGCCGCCACGUGGCGAGGUCGCCCACGGAGGUCCAUGUUUGGACACGUUGCCCGCUAUUAACGGCCCGCACCCCUGCGGUUUCGCGAAACUGCCCGUUUUUUCACCAUCACGGCUUGUCAACUGGCACAUUAGCCAAGGUGUCUCCGUCGUGGUGGUCUAUUUUUUGCCUCCACACACCGUUAAUCGA